GUGCGAUGCCUUGUCCUGUCACGUGUGGCGGCGCCUGUCGUCACUUCCGGCGCGGAUCCGUUCAUGGCCUGGAUCCGGGAGAGAGCCGUUCAUGAGUGGAUCUUCCUUCAUGAAACAUGGAUGACAAGGCUUCUGUGGGGAAGAUCAGUGUUUCCUCUGACUCAGUGUCCACCCUGAACAGUGAGGACUUUGUGCUAGUUUACAAACAAGGGGAUGACAUGCAUUCUGCAAACAAUGGCAGCGAUGACGAGAAGACCGGCCUUAAGAUUGUUGGGAAUGGGAGCGAACAGCAACUUCAGAAGGAGCUGGAAGAUGUUUUAAUGGAUGCGCCAUGUGAAGACCAGGAGCAGCAUGCAGAGGAGGGGGAGAAAGCCCUUCCCGAUGAUGAUCUGGAUGAGUCUUCAAAUGAAGCCUCCACCGCGUCUUCGACCAUUAACCCUUCAUCUGUUGGGGUACAGAAACAAGACAUGAGUCUGCCAGUGAAACCAGCACAGCAAGAAAGCGGUGAUGGGUCCGAUCUGUACUCUCCUGUUCCUGAUGAAGACAGCGUGGUGUUCAGUAAGUUGACCUACCUGGGCUGUGCGUCUGUGAACGCUCCUCGGAGUGAAGUGGAAGCUCUCAGAAUGAUCUCUAUCCUACGCGGGCAAUGUCCGAAUGCACUGGAUGUUACACUGUCUGUACCUAAUGUGUCUGAAGGGACAGUCAGACUUCUUGACCCACAAACAAACACUGAGAUAGCAAAAUAUCCAAUAUACAAGAUUCUGUUCUGUGUCAGAGGCCAUGACGGGACUGCAGAGAGUGACUGCUUUGCCUUCACUGAGAGUCAUUACAAUGCUGAGCUCUUCAGGAUACAUGUCUUCCGCUGUGAGAUCCAGGAGGCGGUGAGUCGGAUACUCUACAGUUUUGCGACAGCAUUCCGGCGUUCAUUAAAGCAGACGCCUCUCAUUGCUUCCAUCCCUCCUCAGACCCCUGAUAGCGACAUCUUCACUUUUUCUGUGUCACUUGAGAUUAAGGAGGAUGAUGGGAAGGGCUAUUUCAGUGCUGUUUCUAAAGAUAAGGACAAGCAGUGCUUCAGGCUACGUCAGGGAGUUGAUAAGAAGAUUGUUGUUUAUGUGCAGCAGACAUCCAACAAAGAACUAACAAUUGAGAGGUGUUUUGGACUCCUCCUCAGUCCCGGUAGAGAUGUACGGAAUAGUGACAUGCACUUGUUAGAACUGGAGUCCAUGGGUAAAAGCUCAGAUGGGAAGUCUUACAUAAUCACUGGCAACUGGAACACAAAAUCCCCUCAUUUUCAGGCCGUAUAUGAGGAGACACCAAAAGACAAGGUUUUUUUUAUGACCACUGCAGUAGAUCUGGUGAUCACAGAAGUGCAGGAGCCUGUGCGAUUCCUAUUGGAAACAAAGGUGCGAGUCUGCUCAGCCAGCGAACGUCUGUACUGGCCAUUUAGCAAAAGAAGUUCGACGGAAAACUUCUUCCUCAAACUAAAACAGAUUGAAAGGAAAGAGAGAAAGAGCAACUGCGAUACGUUCUAUGAAGUCAUGUGCCUAGAAAGUGAAUCGGAAAGAGAGAGGAGGAAAACUACUGCAAGUCCAUCAAUCCGUCUUUCACAGUGUGGACCGCAAGGAACCAACAUACCCUCACCCCCAGAGGAUGACGAGGAAGAAGAUAAUGAUGAACCCCUUUUAAGUGGUUCUGGGGAUGUAUCCAAAGAAUGUGCAGAGAAAAUCCUGGAGACGUGGGGAGAUCUCUUAUCCAAAUGGCACUUGAAUCUUAGCGUGCGUCCCAAGCAGCUUUCUGCAUUGGUGAGGAGCGGCGUGCCCGAGGCAUUAAGGGGAGAAGUGUGGCAACUACUUGCUGGAUGUCACAACAAUGAUUACCUUGUAGAGAAGUACAGGCUGCUCAUCACUAAGGAGUCUCCACAGGACAGCGCCAUCACACGUGAUAUCAACAGAACGUUCCCAGCUCAUGACUACUUCAAAGAUACCGGGGGAGAUGGACAGGACUCUCUUUACAAAAUCUGUAAGGCCUAUUCUGUGUACGAUGAAGAAAUCGGGUAUUGCCAAGGACAGUCCUUCCUUGCUGCAGUUCUCUUGCUACAUAUGCCUGAAGAACAAGCUUUCAGCGUCCUGGUCAAAAUCAUGUUCGAUUAUGGUCUCAGGGAACUUUUCAAACAGAAUUUCGAAGAUCUGCACUGCAAGUUCUAUCAGCUGGAGCGUCUGAUGCAGGAAUAUAUUGCAGACCUGUACACUCACUUCCUGGAGAUCAGCCUUGAAGCUCACAUGUACGCUUCCCAAUGGUUCCUGACACUCUUUACUGCAAAGUUCCCGCUAUACAUGGUCUUCCACAUCAUUGACUUGCUCUUGUGUGAGGGAAUAAGUGUAAUUUUUAAUGUUGCGCUGGGAUUAUUAAAGACCUCUAAGGAUGACCUGCUCCUUACAGAUUUUGAGGGUGCUCUAAAAUUCUUCCGUGUUCAGCUUCCAAAGAGAUACCGUUCUGAGGACAAUGCUAAAAAGUUGAUGGAACUGGCCUGCAGCCUAAAGAUUAGUCAAAAAAAGCUCAAGAAAUACGAGCGUGAAUAUCACAUGAUGAGAGAGCAGCAAGCACAGCAAGAAGAUCCAGUUGAAAGAUUUGAGCGGGAAAAUAGACGGCUCCAGGAAGCAAACAUGAGGCUGGAGCAAGAAAAUGAUGAUUUGGCUCAUGAAUUAGUUACCAGCAAGAUUGCACUGCGAAAGGACCUGGAUAAUGCAGAGGAAAAAGCAGAUGCUCUAAAUAAAGAAUUGCUGAUGACUAAGCAAAAAUUGAUCGAUGCUGAAGAGGAAAAGAGACGACUUGAAGAAGAAGCUGGACAGUUAAAGGAAAUGUGUCGAAGAGAACUUGAUAAGGCAGAAUCUGAAAUAAAGAAGAACAGCUCUAUCAUUGGAGAUUACAAGCAGAUAUGUUCCCAGUUGAGUGAUCGACUAGAGAAGCAGCAGUCUGCAAACAAAGCUGAAAUUGAGAAAAUCCGGCAAAAGGUAGAAGGUUGUGAACGGUGUAGAGAAUUUUUCAACACAGAAGGCAGAGUGAAGUUGGUCAGCACUAACAAGGAGAACUCUUCCGAGGAGAACACCGAUGAAGAGAAGGAGACUUUGAAGAACCAGCUACGGGAAAUGGAGCUAGAAUUGGCUCAAACUAAACUUCAGCUGGUAGAAGCAGAGUGUAAGAUACAGGAUCUGGAGCAUCAUCUUGGUCUUGCCCUAAAUGAAGUGCAAGCAGCAAAGAAGACCUGGUUCAACAGGACCAUCAGCUCCAUAAAAACAGCCACUGGUGUGCAAGGAAAAGAGACCUCUUAACACCCCAACUCUUGUAAAAUAAUUAAGUCUUUAUGAAAACAUGAUACCUUCUGUUGCCUUCCUUGGCCAGAUAUUUUGGUUUGCCUAUAUGUAAGAGGACCAGGAGUGCAGCAUGGAAAGAUGGUAGGAAGUCAGUGCUUGUCAGAUAUAUGUACGAUAAGACAUCUUUGGCCCUCUGUUAUCACCUCCAGAGAUCACUUAAAAAUCCUAAAACUAACUGAGAAGGGUGAAGAAAAAUCAUAUCUUUCUAUUAUUCCCACCACACACCAUGGGUUAUAUUUUGCCCUUUUUAAAUGUUAAGUGACAAGGAAUUGUUUUUAAGAUCACAGUGAAAUAAUGAGUAAUCCUUAGUACGAUGUCUAUAUACAGGAUAAUGACCUUUAACAUGAAGCCACUGAGCACACUAAGGAACUUGUACGUUGUGGACUCGUGAGCUGAUAAGUCAGUGCUUGGCCAUGAACAGUGAUGGUUCUUAAUUUAUCUUCACUUGACUUAACACAGUUAAUACCAAAAUGAGUUUGUUAGGCUUCACAUUUUUUUGAAACACAUUCUUUUUUUUUCCUUGCAUCCUGAGAUGGUCUUUUAAUAGUUAUAGCCGAAUGGUCCUAAAUUGCAUUAAGAAAUACUGUAUUUUGAGCUGCUGUAGGUCUAACACAAGGGUAACAUACCCUCAACUAAAAAAGAUCAGCUUUUAAGCUUAAAGAUCAGAUUUUACAUUAAAUGGCCAUGUAAUUAUGCCAAUAUGCAUCACUAUUGUUUACCAGAACUGUAGAGAUUACCGAAUUCAGCUAAGACUGAAAUAUAUGAUAAGAAGGCAAAAAAUGGGCCUCUCAUGCAACCUUACAUGUAGAGCAGUUGACUGUUAUCUCUGUAUCCACUAUCACGCUGAGAAGUUGAGUAAGAUCAUGUUACUAUGUUGUCCUUUUUCUAGUGGCCAAUGCCAGUUGGCAGCCACAAAGCACUGUCUGCACCGUCUAGAUGUACUGCGUAUUUAUGUAUUGCACACACUCAGUCUUGGAGAUAAUCUGCAGAUGCCGAAGAGAAGCAGUCAAAUGUCUUGAGAUAGCCUGUUCUCUUCCAGGCAGGUUACAGCACUGAACGCUCCCACUUUGAGCUGUUUUCUUUGACUACCCUGGGUUUAAAGCACGUGUCUUUGUCUUUCCGGCGAUGUUUGUUCAUUUCAGCUCUGACGCCUCGCAGCUACUGUUAUAGAAUUUGUGUUGGUAACUCUUGUCUUGUCUGAGGCCUGUGGUACAUCCGAUGGCAAUUCAUUGAAUGCCUAAAAAGAGCAAACAUCUGGAGCCUUUGAUGGACUUUUACAGAGAAAGAACCCGGACAGAAGCCACAUAUUCCAUCUCCAGCAAUUCAGAGAAGAGUGAUUUAUUUUUUUCUGCGCUUAGGAGAGGCUUUAUCUUAUUGCUCCAGUCCUUUGGCUAGUAUACAGCAGUAUGAGAUCUGCACUUUAGGUGCUAAACACAAAGUAUGUGUCAUUCCUUUGGAGUUACAAUGUCAUGUAGAAAUCAGAUGUAGAAUGGCAGUUUUGCACCUUGUAAUUUUUUUUUUCUUUUUAUUUAUAUUUGUUUUUGUUUUUUGCUCGCGGUUGUUGCAUCAGUGAUAAAGUUGUUUAAAGUGUAAGCAGGUUACACUAAGAGGCACUGGUUUGUGUAUAUAUACAGUAUAUAAAAAGUUUGGUUUAUUUUGUAUAUCUACUUUUUUCUUAGUUCCUGUACUAACGCUAGCUACUGUAAAAGUUAUAUAUCUGAAACUUAACAUGAACUGCUAAAGAUUUCUUUCCCUGCAGCAGAUGUCCUUUAUUGUUUUAAACAUAAGGAGAUUGCUGUUUUUUUUAUUUUGACAGUGUGCUAAUAGUGCUGGUGUAGGUGCAGUGUGUAAACCCAAUGAACUAAAAUAUAAAGUACUAUUAAAUUUGA